CCCAUGUUCUUCGAGCUCUGCGUCAACACGAGUCUUCUCAAUAUUGUUCUGUGUGAGAUCUCGUUAAUCAGAAUCGACCCUACUAGCGGCCAGCUCAAGCACGAGGUAGAUACUGAUGGCGAGCUCUUCGCGAAGAUCUACGAAAGCUACUACAACAUUCGAAAGCAAUGGUGGUUUCCAAUCAUGUUCAGACCGACGAACAUCAAAUUCGUUCAUUUCCACCUCUACGAAGGCCAUCGCGUAGGCAUAUUCGAUAACUCGCCGGACUCAAUCCCGCCAGAGUGCGAAGUCGUUGCCCAACGAUAUCAUUAUCACGAAUGCCCUCUGUAUCCUCUUCCACCAAUGGACUACCGCUCAUUCCUGCACUUUUUCGGAUCACAAGGAAAGCAUACGCACUCGAAAUGCAAUCUAUGGCUGGAUCGGCUUCCGAAAAAGGUCGGUAAUAGCAUAAAGGUGCAGCAUGAUCCAAACGUGUUACAGCUUGGGUGGGGUGUGCACAUCGUUGAGGGUCCGAAUUGGCUUGUUAUCUCUUGGACUAUGUUCGGGCUCUUGCUUGUGAGCUUUCUUGUGUCACUCAUCUAUGCUCUGGCAGCGAAAUCGCAAGAAAGCGGAUUCGGCAUUGGACAGUGGAUUGUUGGCGUGCUGAGUCUCAUGGCUGCU